AUGGCAGGCCACCAGCCUCGCUUCCCCUGGGAGCUCGGCGUCUUUGACGCCCACUGCCAUCCCACCGACACCAUGGCAUCAAUAGCUCACAUCUCCCUCAUGAGGGCCACGGCGCUGACAGUCAUGGCCACUCGCGGAGAAGACCAGGAUCUUGUAGAGGAAAUCGCCGCCAGGUUUGCUGAAAGGGAAAAAGUGAUUCCGUGUUUUGGAUGGCAUCCGUGGUUUGCCCACCAGAUCGCUCAAGAUGGCAUGAAGACGACCACCAAGGCCGAACAUUACCGUCAGGUGCUUACAGGGACCUCAGAGGAGGACCAACAGUUUUUCCAGACUCUGCCCGAUCCGAAACCGCUACGCGCCUUGCUCGCAGAGACACGGACGCGUCUCCUAGCGCAUCCCCAUGCUCUUGUGGGAGAGAUUGGACUUGACAAAGCGUUUCGGCUGCCAAUGCCCUGGCAGCAACACGAGGUUGAAAGUCGCGAUGUCGGCCUCACACCGGGGUCGAGAGAAGGCCGCAAGCUUUCCCCAUACAGGGUGUCCAUGGAUCACCAAAGGGCCGUGUUGAAAGCGCAACUCCAGCUCGCAGGCGAGCUCCGCAGAGCCGUCUCUGUCCACAGUGUUCAAGCCCACGGUGCGGUCUUUGACGUGCUGCAGAGUUUAUGGCAAGGCCACGAACGUAAGCAAGAGAGCCAGCGCGAACGAAAACAGCGAAAGUUGGAGGAGACGUAUCAAGACAGUUCCGACAACUCUAGCAGUCAACUCCGGGACAAACCCUCGUCAUCACAAGAAGACAAUGAGCCUCUCCCCUAUCCGCCUCGUGUCUGUAUGCACUCAUACUCUGGUCCACCAGAUCAAUUGAAGCAAUACCUGCGACCCAGCGUACCAACUCAAGUCUACUUCUCGUUCUCGGCUGUCAUCAAUUUCGCCAACCCAUCAGUAGAGAAGGUGGCGGCGGUGCUGAAGGCAUUGCCAGACGAUCGUAUAUUGGUUGAAAGCGAUCUUCACUGCGCUGGCCCGGAAAUCGACCAGCUGCUGGAGGACGUUAUUCGCACGAUAUGUCGUCUCCGGGGAUGGUCUCUGGAAGACGGUGUCAAGAGACUUGCAGAAAACUGGCGGCGGUUUGUUUUUGGAUGA